AUGCUAUCGAAUGGAUGUGAUGCAAGUUAUUUUCCAGGUGUUAGUUUAAAAGUAAAUGACAUUGUAACGUUGAAUUCUUGUGAAUUUAUAUUUAGUCUAGAAGACAUGCUUGAAUGUCCAUUACCAUUAGGCUAUAAACCAUUGUUGAUAACGAACUGUGUCAAUUUGGUAGCGUAUCCUUAUAAUGCUUAUUUGAUUAGUGACAAUGAUCAAGACAAUAUUUAUAAGGUACGAAGUAAUCGAUCAACUAUUUUUUUAUGUGAUUUCGUCGAUAGUCAACAUUUGGAAACUGAAUUUAGAUUUGAGAAUCAACAAUUAGUUUUGCAACAUGAUAAAAAUGGUUUAUUACUGACCAUCGAUCAUUGUGAAUCAUGGACAAUAAGUUUCAAUUUUCAACUUUUAGAUAAAUUUGAUAAUCAUUAUUUUAUACUUUUAACAUUUGAUGAUACAUUGGAAACAUUUUCCAUUCGUAUACCAACCAGUAAAAUCUACAAUGAGAUACGAAUAGGCAUUGUUUACUAUUCAAACAAACGAGAAAUAAAAAUCUAUAUUGAUAACGACUAUCAAUUAGUUGAAUGUCCAUCAAUGAUAUCAUAUAAAAUUUAUAUUUUACCUUUGAUCGUUGCUGGACUUGAAAAUGUUGCCAUUUGA